AGAUACUUUCUAGCUUGUUUGAUUAUAUUUCGUGAAUUACUCCAUUGUCCAGCUUCAGCCAGGUUCUCAACUCCCAUCCAAGCACAAUGUCCUCCUUGCCUUCGGGCUGCCUCUUGCAGGAUGCACUUACGUCUGCGUUCGGUGCUGUUGGAAAGCCUGCUGCGUCGCGAACAUCCCUGUGGGAUUUCAGUGGUGGUCGUAAGUCCGCGAUUGCUGAUGUUGAUAUCAACUUGAAAUUCGAUAGGGCUGGAGUUGGCGGCAAGCGGGUCGUGCGGGUGGCCCUUUCACCGACGAGUUUCGCGAAUCAAUGCAGCACAGAUGCUCCUUUAGACGAGUCCGCCAAAAAAGGAAGCGCUAUUGCAAGUUGGUUCUUAGGUAUCAAUGAUGCGACUACAAUUCUAGACACAUUCGUCUGCUCAACAAAGAGUGGACUGAAACGGCAGGCACAAUGUGUGUUCUCCCAAAGGAGAAGACGAAGCGGAGGUACCUAUUUUGUUACGAGUUUUUUGGACGACAAACGCAACUCAUGUCCAUCGUGCGCAUGCGAAGGCUGUCAGAGUGCUAUGGCCGCUGCCGUGACACAGCAAGUCUUGGAAUGUCCUAACGUGCCGCAUCACGCUGCUGCUGCGCCGGGAAAAGGAUACUGGUUCGUCGCAUAUUAAAAUGCCGAAGAAAGUAGUAGAAGAGAUGAGUGAAGAUUCCAUUUCCAUGUAAAACUAUAAUUUUUGUUAGGAAAAUCAAAAUGAUGAACAUGGUAGUUAAGAAUCAAAAAGUUUUAGCCCUCAUCGGUGGAAGCUAGAUUUCAUUAACAAUUUAACAGGUAUUCCCGGCUUGUGUUCAUUUUCUUUUCUGGAUUGACUCUUGGCGGCUAUAUCGCUUUCUGGAUUCGCGGUCGAGCGAUCGCUCAACGUGCGCGCAUGCUCUAUCGGGCCAGACAAGAUGGUGCGGAUGGUGACAUACUCCAGCACGUCGAUCCGAUGCUCUCAGAGAGUGAGGUAGACUCGGACGAAGUGGAGAUCGAAAUGGAAAGUUACGUAGAUGAAGAUGGAAACGUCCUCGAACGCCCAGUCGAAAAGGAAAGGAAAAAACGGUACUAUGUAUAAUUUUCUUUACUACGUACAAGGUAAAGUAGAAGAAGCACUCUUAUAGAUACUGUACGGGACUGCUUGCUUUUCCUUGCUAGCAUAUCGCUGCCCACUUCUACCUGCUUCUACAGCGUGAUGUCGUUGAUUGAUUUUCUUAUCAACUCAGUUUAUACAGUAGAUUCAUCCGCUUUGCUGAAGAUCUUCACCUAAAAGUGAAAAAUCAAUACACAGCGGUCUUGGAGGACUGGGUGAUGCCAUUGGCGCACUUGGCGGGCUGUUCGCGUCACCAGUGGAGGUAUUGGGCCGUAUUGGCGAAGCUGUUGCACACGAGGGAAAUAUUUUUGCCGACAUGGGCAAUGCCAUGGGCGACUUUGUUACGAUGAAAAAGCAAUGGUCCUUGCGUGAUCGUGAAAUUCUCAUGCGAAGAGACCUAACGGACAUGCAGAAAGCGUUCCUCAUCUAUCAGGUACUUUAGGAAGCCGGAUGAACCUUGCUAGCUUUCUUUGAUCGUUUUUUACUACACCAAACAAGCACGACUGGAAACAGAUCUACCCUUUCUAGACCAACGCUCUCAGCGUCCCUCCUGCCUGUAGCCAGAAUUUUUUCAAUAGGUUAACUUUUCAUUUGCGGCCCAGUAGAAUAAUAGGUGACUACAGAUACCUAUAUAAAUUUGCUGAGUUCUCAGAUCGCAGCCCUCGUUUGAUUUUAUGAGUAGCCAGAGCUUAGAUCUGAGCGCGAAGGAUCCGCUAAGCCCAUUAUUUGAUUCAACCAGCCCAAGCAGGCAAGGGGACCUUAGAAUAGAAGUGUCCCAGCCGGAACACUUGUGCUCAAUAAAUCCACCAUAGCUUGGUCUCACGUGGAGACCGUGGCGCACGUGGCGCGACUUUGCUCGGGCGCACAGUGUGAGCAGGUUCACUUUCUUUUAACGUGCUUUUUGGUUUUUCCAGGCAACGAAGCGGCAGAGGCGCGCUUCAUCACCCCGGCGUUCCGGUCUCCUUCGGCGAGCACGUUUUGGGCCUCGGGCAAAGUUGCCGUAGCCUCAGGUUUUUGCGCUCCUGUUUUCUCCCUGUCUCGCGGUCGUAGUGCGGUUCUCCAGUCCGGGUCCGGUGGGUUGUGGAUGACUGUCGCGAUACGGCUUCCAAGUGCGAUGAGCUUGUCUUGCCUCGUGAAUACGUCGGCAAGGUUGAGCUGCGUUUUGCGGUAGCGGUAGUAGGCGCGGCAGCCUCGCUUACUUGUGACUUUGGCCGAGGAUGUUACAACGGCGAGUACUCUGGUGGCCUUGGACGUCAUCUUGAUGUGGGCGUACAACUGCGUCAUAUUGUCCAGAUUCGUCUCCUGCAUGACGCCUCUCUCCGCCCAAAGCGUGUGCCCCAUGUAAGUUGCCAUCGCCUCGAGCAGCUCGAUGCGCAUUGUGCCCCCGGCGAUCGCGGCUACGUGCGGAGGCACCACGUAGGAGAAGGCCUCUACUUGUCCCCACCUGCUGAUGUGGUAUCCACCAAGCAUCGGCUGGCCUUGUGGUCCCCCGUCUGUGGAGGCGUCGGUCCACAUAAUUGCCAGGUGUAAUGGGGUGGUGUCCUGGUUGAAACGUACCGGCGGCAGCUCAGGCACCACUUCUUUUAAGGCGGCUAUGGCCAGCGCAAGCGACCGUCUUUCUUCUUUUGAUCGUACCAGUUGGUCGAAUAGCGUCUCCUCGCACCAUCGAUACAGCGGUCGGAGUAGGUCCGUGCCGCAUUUGUCCGGCGCGUGCUGCGUAGCGAACGUCGCCAACCCGAUAGUCCGCUGAAAGUCGCGGCGGCUUAUCGCUUUAUCUUUAAUCUGCUCGAGGCUGGUGUUGCACGCGGCCGCUACUUUCUCCUUGUACUUCUGCGGCAGCACUAUUUCCAAUGUUGAUGUGCUGCGUUGCCACUCGUACAUAAGUCCGAGUGCUUUUACUUUGUUUGUUCGGGUCGACAGCUGGUCCGCGCUCGCUUUGGUGGAGAGUUCCAUGCCGAUCGUGUCGGCCAGCUGGUGGACGAAGUCUUUUGCUAGCUGGACUUGUUCGGCGUUGACGCCGAAAUAAUUUUGAUCAUCUAUAUAUGCAAGCAUCGGCACUCCCCAGAAAACGCAGGCGGCCAUGCAGAAUUCUGAGAUACGGCAAAAGCCCGGCACGCUAGGCUCCGCUCCCAUGUUUAGCGCGAACGCUAGCCAAUACCGAAAUUGCAUGGUGUCAGGAUCGUACGCGGCAACUGGACAUGACUCCGGGCUAUCCACCCCGAACAAAUAAUAGGCUUCGCUCCAGUCGUCGGAGCCCAUCUCGGGAGGCGAGUGGGAGGCUGUUGGGGCUGCCACGUUCUUUUUUCGCAGUUCCUGCGCGAGUGCGUCGACAUGCUGCUCGAUAGUGCCUUGUAGUGGUGCCUCGUUUGCAGGGUCUUUUGCUUGCUGCAGCUCGGCGGCGACGUCCUUGUUCACGUCUUUUUUAACUUGUCCGAUUGGCGUGGUGAAGUAUUCUUCCUCUCGUCCGCAUGGCAUCAUGUACAUGCCGAUGGUGUCCACGAUUUUCCUGGUUCCGUGGAGCUGAAGUUUCUCCGGCGUUUUACAAUGGCGAUUUUUCAUGCGCUGGUCCACGAUGCACCGAACUUUAAACCUCUCGGCUGUGCAUUCGUCUUUUGGAAACGUGUACGCGGGUGCGCAUUUGAGGUCGGAUUCCUCAAUUUCUUGGUAUCUACCUUUUGCCACGUCAUCUUCGAAGAUGCGGAUAAUUUCUUUUAGCAGCCAGUCUUCGAAUGGUGGCUUGCUUUUCCUCAAGGCUUUCGCUCUUGCGAAGAAGCUGACAACUUCGUCGCUAUGCAGCAGCGGUUCCCCUGUUGGUGCCCACACUCCGGUGGCGUCGCUGUUGCCUAUCGCGUUGAACCCGGUCAGGAUGCGUUGCGGCAGCUUUCGGUCUGGAUGGUCAAUCAGUUCAAUGAUCUGCUGCACUGCGACAGCAUUGCGCGUCCGCUUCGUCUGCAGCAGUCGCUGGAGGUGAGGCGGACUUUCCUGUUGGAUGCGCCGUAGAUUUUCUUGUUGCGUCUCGCUUUUGAUGCGCUUCAGGGUUUCGAUUCCCUGGCGCACUUUGAGGGUCCAUUUUUCUGGAUUUUGCUUUUGCGUUCUUAUAGCUUUUAUAAAGUCAGCUCGCAACCUAAUGUCGAGCGGCUUGCGAAAGGAUGGAUCAACUAGUUCCUUCUUUGCGCGCAGUAGCGCUUUUUUAAUGUCCUCUAUGCUAGAUAGUGACGCCGUCAUUUUCGGCGGGUCUUCUUUUAAAUAGUGGCGUCGCCUGUAUGUCUUUUUUGUAAGGUUUGGGUGGCCACGGGGCCUUUUUAGGUGGGCCUCUGGUCCUUGUUAUUUUUAGAGCAGUAAGUAAGGAUCUCUGCCACUUUCAUUUUGCCAUUUCGGGAUCUCUCAGCGGGUACGGCUUCGCUCUCUUUUUCUCUUACUCAGGGAACAGCAGGAGGCGGACCUUGUGGGGGAUCUCUCUAUUUGAUGUUUCGGUUUCUUUUGAUGUUACUAUUCCAAUGUUACGAUCUUGAUAAUACCACCUAGAACAAAGAUCCAUUUCGCGAACUCCGUUCUUUAAAACAGAUCUACCCUUUCUAGACCAACGCUCUCAGCGUCCCUCCUGCCUGUAGCCAGAAUUUUUUCAAUAGGUUAAUUUUUCAUUUGCGGCCCAGUAGAAUAAUAGGUGACUACAGAUACCUAUAUAAAUUUGCUGAGUUCUCAGAUCGCAGCCCUCGUUUGAUUUUAUGAGUAGCCAGAGCUUAGAUCUGAGCGCGAAGGAUCCGCUAAGCCCAUUAUUUGAUUCAACCAGCCCAAGCAGGCAAGGGGACCUUAGAAUAGAAGUGUCCCAGCCGGAACACUUGUGCUCAAUAAAUCCACCAUAGCUUGGUCUCACGUGGAGACCGUGGCGCACGUGGCGCGACUUUGCUCGGGCGCACAGUGUGAGCAGGUUCACUUUCUUUUAACGUGCUUUUUGGUUUUUCCAGGCAACGAAGCGGCAGAGGCGCGCUUCAUCACCCCGGCUCCCGUCGCUGCCACGCCGGACUUGGGUUCGCCUCGCGUCUUUCGGUUCGCCCUCAAGCCCGUCGUGGAAUCGGACGCCGCAAGUUUUCUGCGCAGCGGUGCCGCUUUUUUCCGGGGAGGCAGCGCGUCUACUUCGUCUGGGCGCGGCGUUGCCGCCUUCAUAGGGAUUACUUUUCGUGCUUUAGGUACGAAGGUAUCCUUCCCCCUUUGUGUGACGCUGCCCUUCGCCAGCAGCGCGUUCUGAGACAUAUAGAAUCCGUUUUGAUCCUGCUGUAGUGCUGCUUUACGUGUGAGGAUAGCGUCGAUGGUGUCACUUUCCUCUUUUUCGGUGGCUUGCCUCGCCGCGUCGUGCAGCGUCUCCAGUUGCUUUUUGCUCUUGGGGAAUUGGAUGUUGGCAGAGGACGUAUCGUCUCGUUUGAGGCUUGCAUCGGCGGGUAACAGUUUGGUCGCAUCAUAAUCCUUGAAGUCCACGCAGUAGGCGAAGAAGGUGGCCAGCGUUACCCAUCCUCUAUCCGCCAUAUAACUCGCGAAGUUGAAGUGCUUUCCUUGCUGGAUAUGGUGCCUGGCCAUAAUGGCAUUUGUCCGCCGUGGGGAAUGAAAAGUUGCACGGAUCGCUCGUAGUGCCAUCUUCAUUCUCGUCUCGUCCACUGGAUAGUCUGGCGGGACCGCGUUGCAGCACAUCGGGCAGUGCUGCUUGUUGGUGGUGGCAUCCGUGCAUGUGCAUGCGAUCGUGAUGUAUCGAUCCCGAGCAUCUAGUAUCUUGUCCGCCGUGAUCUUGAAUGUAGCGGUACCAGUUUUCCACUGCACGUCGCAAUCGCGAAUUUCGGAGUAGCUGCUCCACCGUACUCCUAAAUGGGUCCAUACUACGAUGUGUUGCCGGUCGCUGGUAUGCAGUUUGGCGGUUUCUUGUAGCUGGAUGGGCGGCGCCUUGUGCUGCUCCUCUUUCUUGACGGUUCGUUUCACAUCGUCAUGUGCUAUUGCUAGUGCUUUUAUGGCGCACGGGUGUGACGCUAGCCAUUGGUAUGUUCGGCCUGUCUUCGGGUUGAUGGGCGGCAUGAUGCAUUGGUAUGUAACCGCGGUAAAAGCGGUCAGCGCCAGCUUGGAGUGGUCGCUGACCGCGGCUAUGUGCAGGCAGUACAGCCUGAUGUGCUCGAUCUCGUACGGCUCAUAGAUAGGGAUUGGCCGCGCGGCGCACCAGUCUCUGAAAACUUGGAAGCGGUAGUACCUGUUGAUCAGCGUCCCUUCUGUGUGCGCUUGUAGCAUCAGUGCCAAGUCCGGUGCGCUACAGUAGCGUAGGAGUGCUUGAUGAUAUGACUGCUUCUUGAAGGUGGACGGCUCGAGGUGCAUGGGUGGCUCGGGUGCCGGGAAUCGCGUGACGAUUUCGGAAGUGGCCGCGGCUGCAGUUGUCGCUGCGCUGCUGCUACUUGACGACGAUGACGGCACUCCAGCCGCUUGUCUACCUGGUGGCGGUAGGAGCAUGGGAGCCUUCAUUUUUGCGUACAUUUCUUUUCUCUCACUUUUGUUCUCUCGUCGAUCUCCCACUGCUACUCUGUUUUGACUUAGUACUACCUACGAGGAUCUCGCCGGAACCUCUUGGGUUCUCGUCGUGGUUACUUAUCUAUUUACUGUUAAUUCAUCUUAAUUUCGUUCCCUGCAGAACACCCGCUGGUCCCGCAGUCUGCAGCUCCGAUUAUAUAUUUUUUUAUUUUCUGCGCUUGGUGGUCACAAAGUGUCCUUCGUAAAUUCAGUGGUAGGCCACGUGGACCUUUCUUAAAUAAUAGCAGCGUAGCUGCUGUGGUGGCCAGGCCUUCAUAAAUUUAUACUUCUAGGUAGCUCGGUGGCCUUUUUGUGUACUUGCUUUGAUAAUGUAGUUACUUUUUUACUUUUUUGCCUCUAGUUAUGCACUCCUGUUUUCUCACUUCUUGUUUCUUCUGUGUAUUUUACUGCAAGUCUUUCUGUCUAGGCAGUUGUUGCUACUUAUUUGUUUACUUGUUCUUAUGUAUUACUUCAUACUUACUUACUACCUUACUCACUUACUUCUACUUUUUUACUUUCCCUUUUUUCCGCGGCCUUUGCGUUGGGCCUUAUUUUGUAGUUGGAUCACCUCUUUCCAGGUUUUCUCACCGCCCCUCGCCCACAUGUGGGUGAAGCUGCACGCGUUUCCGAAGGCGCAUUUGCCCGUUAAGUGGAAUGGGGCGCAGUCCCGUGCUUGUAGUCCGAAAUUUAGUUGCGCGCGCUCUGCAAGGAUGCAUGGUUCGAUGCGGCCGCUAUUUUUGUCUACGACCCAGCCGUUCAUGGUGACGUCAACUUUUUGGCCGUAGUCGCGCCCCAUGACCGGGUCGCUUCCGGUGAAGCUCUGAUCCAGGUCGGCAUACUUCACGACUUUCUUCGGUCGUGCGUCCCAGGCAGCUCUUGCUGCUUCGCGGUUCGCUUGUGCCUUCUUGGCGGCAUCGGUUUGCGCCGCUAAUGUGUCUGUAGUGGCACCGGCGUCUGCUCCUCCUGGGCGAGUCCUAGGCGUGUCAGCGUGAUUUGCACCGGGAGAUGCUGCCGGUGGGGUCUCGUCUUCGUGUGCGGCUUUGCGUUGCUUCAGCGGCGGGGGAGCAGACCCGUCGUUCCGUGACAGCGUUGCGCGCUUUGCUGCUCCGUAGCGUUUCUUGCGGUUCUCGACCUCGGUGGUGAAGACGGAAUGGUUCGUGGCUAAGUACUGGAUCACGUCCUUGUUUUGCUGCGCCGUGUGGCCCUUGAUCUUGAAAUACAUGAGGAGGGGCACGAUGUGGAACACAGUUUCGGUUUUAUCAAGGCCAUUCAGAAGAAAAUUAUAGGAGGCCGUGAUGCGCAUAGCUUCCGUUUCUGACGUCGCUUCGCCGACGUAGAUCAGGAGCUUCUCUAGGAUAGUCUUGCUCGUUUCUUGUGCGAAUGCGUUCGCGUCCAGGUAAGAGACGGCGACCUCGACCUGCUCGUGUCCUGCGAACUCGUUUUGUAUCUGCGCCUCCAGUUUCCACAGCUUGUCCACCUCCCAGCCUUUCCAAAAUGACAUAGGCAGGUUGGGUAACACUUUGCUGCGGGCGGCCUUGUAAAGAUUUUGGUAGAAUUUUUCCAUCAUGCGCAUGGUUGGACCUGCGACUUCCUUGUAGGCGAUGAAGUUCUUCAAGUCCUUUUGCAGUUCGUCGUAGGUCACGUAGCGGAGGAAGAGAGAUUUUUCCGCUUCAAGGCCGUUGAUCAUGAGAAACACGAGUGCUUGGCGGCCUAGAGCGAGAUCCGUCUCGACCUUGGUUAGCAAGAAGUAAGCCAUGGUCGCUUGGCUAACAUGCAUGUAUUUUGCGACCACUUCGAAUUUCUGCCUCUGCAGCGCCUGCGGUGCGAUGCCCAGUUGCGCGAUGGUUAUCGACUUAGCCAGGUGGCAUUGCCAGUCCGUAUCGCGCAUCAUGUUAGCAUACAUCUGGACAGCACCUCCUCGCGCCAUCCAGGUGAUGAUGUAGUUGUGCUCCGUAUGCGGUGGUGCGGCUUGCCCAAGAAGGGCGACUUGAGCCGGCGUCUGAGGGUCCGAGUACAGGCCGUAAACCGUUUCGUAUGCUUCAUUCGGGUGUCCCGGUGGGUGGAUCCCGUUUGGGUUCCUCGCGCUGUACCACUGGUUUGGCUGAAUAGGUCCCGGUUGAUCAUGGUCCAUAAAGCCAUCCAUACCCAAUAUGCCGAAUAAAUUCUGGGUCGGUCGGUUGUGUACAGUUGCCGGGUCGGCCGCAAUACCGUUAACCACCGGCGGCGCGUUCAUGGCGGUAGAGCCUUGUCCAAACAGGUUCUUCAACAUGUCCAUCAACUGCUGUUGUGUGAUCGCUGGCUGUUGCACCACUACCGGCGGCAGUGGAUGGGGCAGCAUAGGAGGUGGUUGCGCCGGGCCCACUGGUACUGGCAUCUGUCCUACUGGCCCCGGAAGUAGUUGUCCCGGCCAAAUGAACUGGUCAUUUCCGCACGAGUACAGGCCGGCGUUCGCAGUAAAUACUGGCGGGACGGCUGGUGGAUUGUUUGCCGCAUGGGUGAGAAUUCUGGCAUACUUCUGGCCCUUCGUCCCGUAGGCGGGCACCCCAAGCGCGCCACAAAUUUGGCCCAACUCGUUCGUGCUCCACGCGUCCUGCCACGGGAUGUUACCAAAGGUUUCCCAUACUGCGUGGGUGGCAAUGUACGCAGUGACCCAUUCACGCAGCGUUUGGUCCAUCGGCACAGCAGCUCCACCUUGAAUAUCAACUUGUGGGAUGGUGGUUACAUAGUUGGUAAGCUCCUGGCUCGUGACGCCGUAGUUCGCAAAUCCCAGGACAAGGUCUUCAUUUCCUUUGAUAAUAGAUAUCAUGUCCAGCAUGCUCUGUUGCGUAAGUGCUUCGAUUGGGCCAAACUGCGGGUCGGCAUAACGAUGCCAGAAGAUCCCACGUGGGGCGGCCAUCCUUUAUUUGUGCUAUGGUUAGCUUGUUGCUUUGUAGUGCCUCUAGGCUUGUUAGGUGUGUUGCCAGUAGGCUUAUUAAGUGAUUGAUAUCCUUAUUUCUGGAUUUCUUUUCUUUUUAGUGGCAUACGCCUUUGUAAAAAAGCGCUGUUCCUGCGCUAACCUUUCCUUCCUGCUGGGAGUUUUUUAUAAUUACCAAGAUGUUCUCAUGUCAGGGAGAGCCCUAAGGGUCCUAUAACAAGAGCGCGUCUCUGUAGUCACAUUUAUAUUAUAAUUGGGUCUCGCGGGUGUCUUGUUCCCCAGCCCGCUCUUUCUUAGUGGUUUCUAACCUUUUUAGGUGGACCUCUGGUCCUUGUUAUUUUUAGAGCAGUAAGUAAGGAUCUCUGCCACUUUCAUUUUACCAUUUCGGGAUCUCUCAGCGGGUACGGCUUCGCUCUCUUUUUCUCUUACUCAGGGAACAGCAGGAGGCGGACCUUGUGGGGGAUCUCUCUAUUUGAUGUUUCGGUUUCUUUUGAUGUUACUAUUCCAAUGUUACGAUCUUGAUAAUACCACCUAGAACAAAGAUCCAUUUCGCGAACUCCGUUCCUUAAAACAGAUCUACCCUUUCUAGACCAACGCUCUCAGCGUCCCUCCUGCCUGUAGCCAGAAUUUUUUCAAUAGGUUAAUUUUUCAUUUGCGGCCCAGUAGAAUAAUAGGUGACUACAGAUACCUAUAUAAAUUUGCUGAGUUCUCAGAUCGCAGCCCUCGUUUGAUUUUAUGAGUAGCCAGAGCUUAGAUCUGAGCGCGAAGGAUCCGCUAAGCCCAUUAUUUGAUUCAACCAGCCCAAGCAGGCAAGGGGACCUUAGAAUAGAAGUGUCCCAGCCGGAACACUUGUGCUCAAUAAAUCCACCAUAGCUUGGUCUCACGUGGAGACCGUGGCGCACGUGGCGCGACUUUGCUCGGGCGCACAGUGUGAGCAGGUUCACUUUCUUUUAACGUGCUUUUUGGUUUUUCCAGGCAACGAAGCGGCAGAGGCGCGCUUCAUCACCCCGGCUCCCGUCGCUGCCACGCCGGACUUGGGUUCGCCUCGCGUCUUUCGGUUCGCCCUCAAGCCCGUCGUGGAAUCGGACGCCGCAAGUUUUCUGCGCAGCGGUGCCGCUUUUUUCCGGGGAGGCAGCGCGUCUACUUCGUCUGGGCGCGGCGUUGCCGCCUUCAUAGGGAUUACUUUUCGUGCUUUAGGUACGAAGGUAUCCUUCCCCCUUUGUGUGACGCUGCCCUUCGCCAGCAGCGCGUUCUGAGACAUAUAGAAUCCGUUUUGAUCCUGCUGUAGUGCUGCUUUACGUGUGAGGAUAGCGUCGAUGGUGUCACUUUCCUCUUUUUCGGUGGCUUGCCUCGCUGCGUCGUGCAGCGUCUCCAGCUGCUUUUUGCUUUUGGGGAAUUGGAUGUUGGCAGAGGACGUGUCGUCUCGUUUGAGGCUUGCAUCGGCGGGUAACAGUUUGGUCGCAUCAUAAUCCUUGAAGUCCACGCAGUAGGCGAAGAAGGUGGCCAACGUUACCCAUCCUCUAUCCGCCAUAUAACUCGCGAAGUUGAAGUGCUUCCCUUGCUGGAUAUGGUGCCUGGCCAUAAUGGCAUUUGUCCGCCGUGGGGAAUGAAAAGUUGCACGGAUCGCUCGUAGUGCCAUCUUCAUUCUCGUCUCGUCCACUGGAUAGUCUGGCGGGACCGCGUUGCAGCACAUCGGGCAGUGCUGCUUGUUGGUAGUGGCAUCCGUGCAUGUGCAUGCGAUCGUGAUGUAUCGAUCCCGAGCAUCUAGUAUCUUGUCCGCCGUAAUCUUAAAUGUAGCGGCACCAGUUUUCCACUGCACGUCGCAAUCGCGAAUUUCGGAGUAGCUGCUCCACCGUACUCCUAGAUGGGUCCAUACUACGAUGUGUUGCCGGUCGCUGGUAUGCAGUUUGGCGGUUUCUUGUAGCUGGAUGGGCGGCGCCUUGUGCUGCUCCUCCUUCUUGACGGUUCGUUUCACGUCGUCAUGUGCUAUUGCUAGUGCUUUUAUGGCGCACGGGUGUGGCGCUAGCCAUUGGUAUGUUCGGCCUGUCUUCGGGUUGAUGGGCGGCAUGAUGCAUUGGCAUGUAACCGCGGUAAAGGCGGCCAGCGCCAGCUUGGAGUGGUCGCUGACCGCGGCUAUGUGCAGGCAGUACAGCCUGAUGUGCUCGAUCUCGUACGGUUCAUAGAUAGGGAUUGGCCGCGCGGCGCACCAGUCUCUGAAAACUUGGAAGCGGUAGCACCUGUUGAUCAGCGUCCCUUCUGUGUGCGCUUGUAGCAUCAGUGCCAAGCCCGGCGCGCUACAGUAGCGUAGGAGUGCUUGAUGAUAUGACUGCUUCUUGAAGGUGGACGGCUCGAGGUGCAUGGGUGGCUCGGGUGCAGGGAAUCGCGUGACGAUUUCGGAAGUGGCCGCAGCCGCAGUUGUCGCUGCGCUGCUGCUACUUGACGACGAUGCCGGCACUCCCGCCGCUUGUCCACUUGGUGGCGGUAGGAGCAUGGGAGCCUUCAUUUUUGCGUACAUUUCUUUUUUCUCACUUUUGUUCUCUCGUCGAUCUCCUACUGCUACUCUGUUUUGACUUAGUACUACCUACGAGGAUCUCGCCGGCGCCUCUUGGGUUCUCGUCGUGGUUACUUAUCUAUUUACUGUUAAUUCAUCUUAAUUUCGUUCCCUGCAGAACACCCGCUGGUCCCGCAGUCUGCAGCUCCGAGUAUAUAUUUUUUAUUUUCUGCGGUUGGUGAUCACAAAGUGUCCUUCGUAAAUUCAGUGGUAGGCCACGUGGACCUUUCUUAAAUAAUAGCAGCCUAGCUGCUGUGGUGGCUAGGCCUUCAUAAAAUUAUACUUCUAGGUAGCUCGGUGGCCUUUUUGUGUACUUGCUUUGGUAAUGUAGUUACUUUUUUACUUUUUUUCCUCUAGUUAUGCACUCCUGUUUUCUCACUUCUUGUUUCUUCUGUGUAUUUUACUGCAAGUCUUUCUGUCUAGGCAGUUGUAGCUACUUAUUUGUUUACUUGUUCUUAUGUAUUACUUGAUACUUACUUACUACCUUACUCACUUACUUCUACUUUUUUACUUUCCCUUUUUUCCGCGGCCUUUGCGUUGGGCCUUAUUUUGUAGUUGGAUCACCUCUUUCCAGGUUUUCUCACCGCCCCUCGCCCACAUGUGGGUGAAGCUGCACGCGUUUCCGAAGGCGCAUUUGCCCGUUAAGUGGAAUGGGGCGCAGUCCCGUGCUUGUAGUCCGAAAUUUAGUUGCGCGCGCUCUGCAAGGAUGCAUGGUUCGAUGCGGCCGCUAUUUUUAUCUACGACCCAGCCGUUCAUGGUGACGUCAACUUUUUGGCCGUAGUCGCGCCCCAUGACCGGGUCGCUUCCGGUGAAGCUCUGAUCCAGGUCGGCAUACUUCACGACUUUCUUCGGUCGUGCGUCCCAGGCAGCUCUUGCUGCUUCGCGGUUCGCUUGUGCCUUCUUGGCGGCAUCGGUUUGCGCCGCUAAUGUGUCUGUAGUGGCACCGGCGUCUGCUCCUCCUGGGCGAGUCCUAGGCGUGUCAGCGUGAUUUGCACCGGGAGAUGCUGCCGGUGGGGUCUCGUCUUCGUGUGCGGCUUUGCGUUGCUUCAGCGGCGGGGGAGCAGACCCGUCGUUCCGUGACAGCGUUGCGCGCUUUGCUGCUCCGUAGCGUUUCUUGCGGUUCUCGACCUCGGUGGUGAAGACGGAAUGGUUCGUGGCUAAGUACUGGAUCACGUCCUUGUUUUGCUGCGCCGUGUGGCCCUUGAUCUUGAAAUACAUGAGGAGGGGCACGAUGUGGAAUACAGUUUCGGUUUUAUCAAGGCCAUUCAGAAGGAAAUUAUAGGAGGCCGUGAUGCGCAUAGCUUCCGUUUCUGACGUCGCUUCGCCGACGUAGAUCGGGAGCUUCUCUAGGAUAGUCUUGCUCGUUUCUUGUGCGAAUGCGUUCGCGUCCAGGUAAGAGACGGCGACCUCGACCUGCUCGUGUCCUGCGAACUCGUUUUGUAUCUGCGCCUCCAGUCUCCACAGCUUGUCCACCUCCCAGCCUUUCCAAAAUGACAUAGGCAGGUUGGGUAACACUUUGCUGCGGGCGGCCUUGUAGAGAUUUUGGUAGAAUUUUUCCAUCAUGCGCAUGGUUGGACCUGCGACUUCCUUGUAGGCGAUGAAGUUCUUCAAGUCCUUUUGCAGCUCGUCGUAGGUCACGUAGCGGAGGAAGAGAGAUUUUUCCGCUUCAAGGCCGUUGAUCAUGAGAAACACUAGUGCUUGGCGGCCUAGAGCGAGACCCGUCUCGACCUUGGUUAGCAAGAAGUAAGCCAUGGUCGCUUGGCUAACAUGCAUGUAUUUUGCGACCACUUCGAAUUUCUGCCUUUGCAGCGCCUGCGGUGCGAUGCCAAGUUGCGCGAUGGUUAUCGACUUAGCCAGGUGGCAUUGCCAGUCCGUAUCGCGCAUCAUGUUAGCAUACAUCUGGACAGCACCUCCUCGCGCCAUCCAGGUGAUGAUGUAGUUGUGCUCCGUAUGCGGUGGUGCGGCUUGCCCAAGAAGGGCGACUUGAGCCGGCGUCUGAGGGUCCGAGUACAGGCCGUAAACCGUUUCGUAUGCUUCAUUCGGGUGUCCCGGUGGGUGGAUCCCGUUUGGGUUCCUCGCGCUGUACCACUGGUUUGGCUGAAUAGGUCCCGGUUGAUCAUGGUCCAUAAAGCCAUCCAUACCCAAUAUGCCGAAUAAAUUCUGGGUCGGUCGGUUGUGUACAGUUGCCGGGUCGGCCGCAAUACCGUUAACCACCGGCGGCGCGUUCAUGGCGGUAGAGCCUUGUCCAAACAGGUUCUUCAACAUGUCCAUCAACUGCUGUUGUGUGAUCGCUGGCUGUUGCACCACUACCGGCGGCAGUGGAUGGGGCAGCAUAGGAGGUGGUUGCGCCGGGCCCACUGGUACUGGCAUCUGUCCUACUGGCCCCGGAAGUAAUUGUCCCGGCCAAAUGAACUGGUCAUUUCCGCACGAGUACAGGCCGGCGUUCGCAGUAAAUACUGGCGGGACGGCUGGUGGAUUGUUUGCCGCAUGGGUGAGAAUUCUGGCAUACUUCUGGCCCUUCGUACCGUAGGCGGGCACCCCAAGCGCGCCACAAAUUUGGCCCAGCUCGUUCGUGCUCCACGCGUCCUGCCACGGGAUGUUACCAAAGGUUUCCCAUACUGCGUGGGUGGCAAUGUACGCAGUGACCCAUUCACGCAGCGUUUGGUCCAUCGGCACAGCAGCUCCACCUUGAAUAUCAACUUGUGGGAUGGUGGUUACAUAGUUGGUAAGCUCCUGGCUCGUAACGCCGUAGUUCGCAAAUCCCAGGACAAGGUCUUCAUUUCCUUUGAUAAUAGAUAUCAUGUCCAGCAUGCUCUGUUGCGUAAGCGCUUCGAUUGGGCCAAACUGCGGGUCGGCAUAACGAUGCCAGAAGAUCCCACGUGGGGCGGCCAUCCUUUAUUUGUGCUAUGGUUAGCUUGUUGCUUUGUAGUGCCUCUAGGCUUGUUAGGUGUGUUGCCAGUAGGCUUAUUAAGUGAUUGAUAUCCUUACUUCUGGAUUUCUUUUCUUUUUAGUGGCAUACGCCUUUGUAAAAAAGCGCUGUUCAUGCGCUAACCUUUCCUUCCUGCUGGGAGUUUUUUAUAAUUACCAAGAUGUUCUCAUGUCAGGGAGAGCCCUAAGGGUCCUAUAACAAGAGCGCGUCUCUGUAGUCACAUUUAUAUUAUAAUUGGGUCUCGCGGGUGUCUUGUUCCCCAGCCCGCUCUUUCUUAGUGGUUUCUAACCUUUUUAGGUGGACCUCUGGUCCUUGUUAUUUUUAGAGCAGUAAGUAAGGAUCUCUGCCACUUUCAUUUUGCCAUUUCGGGAUCUCUCAGCGGGUACGGCUUCGCUCUCUUUUUCUCUUACUCAGGGAACAGCAGGAGGCGGACCUUGUGGGGGAUCUCUCUAUUUGAUGUUUCGGUUUCUUUUGAUGUUACUAUUCCAAUGCUACGAUCUUGAUAAUACCACCUAGAACCAAGAUCCAUUUCGCGAACUCCGUUCUUUAAAAUAUUUUUCAUCCGGUCUUUUAUUUAAGUGUUGCGGCCAGGAGAACAUCAAAUUAGAUUAACCGUAAGGUAGCCCAAUGGCUACGGAUUUGAAUGAUGUCGCUCAUCAUUCUCAGCGACGUCGCCCCUGUCCUGUGACUAGUGCUAACCUGCACAAGCACAGGAUAAAUCUGAGAAGACAAAAUAUUUGGUUUUUGUUGUUGUUGUUAAGUACGAAGAUCCCUGGGGCUUAGUGCCUUUCAUCUGCCUAAGCUGACUGGAUCCGGAUCGACUACGUUACUCAUCAACUUGCUACUUACUGCACACGCUUAAGACCUUAAGACUUUGCUCGUGUUGUUGAUGUUGAUGAUGUUUUUGAUCUUGAUGGUGUUGAUCUUCGUGUUGCUGUCGUUAUGAUUAUCUUGCUCCUGUUGUUUCCUUGAUCAUGAUGCUCGUAAGUCUUUAAGUUGUUGACUUCCGUACUGGUAGGAUGAUCUUCAUGCUCAUGCUUGAGAUGAUUCAUAAUUUGGGGAUCGACAUUAAGGGCAUUGCGACUCAUUCACUUUCUAGCCACCUUGUUCUUCUAUCGACAGUCUGAUGCGGAAGGCCUGCACGACCUGACGGAGCGGGAAAAGGAGAUAUUGGCGGACACUGCAUUAACUGACAUGGAGAAAGCUAUGCAGUUGACGAUGGAAAACGAAGAAAAUGUACCCGGUUUCGCAACCGAUAUGCAAAGAGCAUUCAAAGAAACGAAAAAAGAGCUUGGUCUGGACCUCAAUGCGCACCCGGAUAAGGUGAAUCGCAACUGGUUGGACAAUGUCGCCGCCGUCUUCGGCGGAGGUAAUUCGCUGCUUUGAUCGUAGAUUGCGUUCACUCAUUACUGUAAGAAAUCACUUGAAGAUGUUUUUGCUACUACACACUUCGCUUUGUGAUAAGACAAGCGCGAAACCAAACUAGAAUUCAAGAUCCCUCUGUUGACAUCUUGCCUGAAAUCCACAAUUACUAAGGUGACGAGACGUAUCGUAGUGAGAUGGAUGAAGCAUAUGCAGCGACCUUGGCAAGCCUAGACGAACAGGGGUACACCGGUUUGCCUGUCUAUGAAUCUAAAGCAGCGGAGAAAAAGCGCUUGCGAAAAGAGAAGCGACAGGCAGCGCGGGAAAAGGCCUAGAGCAAGCGGCAAGUCCUCCUACAGUGCAAAUACGUAGUACGUAGUAAAACGAUUUCUUUGGGUAGGUGACAAUCUGCAAAGAAGAUAUAGAUCAUUGAAAUGUAUGCAUGUAGUAAGCAGCACUGAUUUUUAUUGAACGGCGACUGUGGUCUGAUUCUGAAGUUCAGUCGAUUUUUGUGCAUUGAGUGCGAGUAUUCUCCAUUUGCAUUUCCAAGAAAGAGCUACUUGAAAAGCGGGGGUUGGGAGCAUGAACAUUUCUCUGCUGCAGAGGCAACACGGGAGACCAUAAGUAGAUGCUUUUCGUAGCAUUGUUUUUUUCAUCUCUCUGCAUUUGACAAGCGAU